AUGGCGGCAGGCGUGGCCACGUGGCUGCCGUUUGCGAGGGCAGCCGCGGUGGGCUGGCUGCCCCUGGCCCAGCAGCCCCUGCCUCCUGCGCCCGGGGUGAAGGCAUCUCGAGGGGAUGAGGUUCUGGUGGUGAACGUGAGCGGACGGCGCUUUGAGACCUGGAAGAACACUCUGGACCGUUACCCUGACACCCUCCUGGGCAGUUCAGAAAAGGAAUUCUUCUAUGAUGCUGAUUCCGGGGAGUACUUCUUCGAUCGCGACCCCGACAUGUUCCGGCAUGUUCUGAACUUCUACCGCACGGGUCGGCUGCACUGCCCGCGGCAGGAGUGCAUCCAGGCCUUCGACGAAGAGCUGGCUUUCUAUGGUCUGGUGCCUGAGCUCGUGGGCGACUGCUGCCUCGAAGAGUACCGGGACCGCAAGAAGGAGAACGCCGAGCGCCUGGCGGAGGACGAGGAAGCUGAGCAGGCCGGGGAUGGCCCAGCCCUGCCUGCCGGCAGCUCCUUGCGGCAGCGGCUCUGGCGGGCCUUCGAGAACCCCCACACGAGCACGGCGGCCCUCGUUUUCUACUAUGUGACCGGCUUUUUCAUCGCCGUGUCGGUCAUCGCCAAUGUGGUCGAGACCAUCCCGUGCCGCGGCCCCGCGCGGCGGCCCCCAAGGGAACAGCCCUGUGGCGACCGCUUCCCACUGGCCUUUUUCUGUAUGGACACAGCCUGUGUGCUCAUAUUCACGGGUGAAUACCUCCUGCGGCUAUUCGCCGCCCCCAGCCGUUGCCGCUUCCUGCGGAGCGUAAUGAGCCUUAUCGACGUCGUGGCCAUCUUGCCCUACUACAUUGGGCUUUUCGUGCCCAAGAACGAGGAUGUCUCAGGCGCCUUUGUCACCCUGCGUGUGUUCCGGGUAUUCCGCAUCUUCAAGUUCUCCAGGCACUCACAGGGCUUGAGGAUUCUGGGCUACACACUCAAGAGCUGUGCCUCUGAGCUGGGCUUUCUCCUCUUUUCCCUUACCAUGGCCAUCAUCAUCUUCGCCACUGUCAUGUUUUAUGCCGAGAAGGGCACAAACAAGACCAACUUUACUAGCAUCCCUGCGGCCUUCUGGUAUACCAUUGUCACCAUGACUACGCUUGGCUAUGGAGACAUGGUGCCCAGCACCAUUGCUGGCAAGAUUUUCGGAUCCAUCUGCUCCCUCAGUGGUGUCCUGGUCAUUGCACUGCCUGUGCCAGUCAUCGUGUCCAACUUUAGCCGCAUCUACCACCAGAACCAGCGUGCUGACAAGCGCCGAGCACAGCAGAAGGUGCGCUUGGCAAGGAUCCGGUUGGCAAAGAGUGGUACCACCAAUGCCUUCCUGCAGUACAAGCAGAACGGGGGCCUUGAGGACAGUAGCAGUGUGGACGAACAGGCGCUGUGUAUCAGGAACCGUUCUGCUUUUGAGCAACAACAUCACCACCUCCUGCACUGUCUGGAGAAGACAACGUGCCACGAGUUCACAGAUGAGCUGACCUUCAGCGAGGCCGUGGGUGCCGACUCACUGGGGGGCCGCACCAGCCGCAGCACCUCUGUGUCCUCCCAACCUGCGGGACCUGGCAGCCUGCUGUCCUCCUGCUGUCCCCGCAGGGCCAAGCGCCGUGCCAUUCGCCUUGCCAACUCCACUGCCUCGGUCAGUCGUGGCAGCAUGCAGGAGCUGGACACACUGGCAGGGCUGCAGAGGAGUCCUGCCCCUCAGAGCCGCUCAAGCCUCAAUGCCAAGCCCCAUGACUGCCUUGACCUGAACUGCGACAGCCGGGACUUCGUGGCUGCCAUUAUCAGUAUCCCUACCCCUCCUGCCAACACCCCAGAUGAGAGUCAGCCUUCCUCCCCUGGUGGUGGCGGUGGGGCCAGCAGCACCCUCAGGAACUCCAGCCUGGGUACCCCUUGCCUCCUCCCGGAGACUGUCAAGAUCUCUUCCCUGCUCCCACCUGACUUCUGAGCUCUGGCCUGACGAGAAGAGGUGAGACCCCCUCUUCUCUCUGGCUGGGCUGUGGAGGUUUGGGGGUUCAGAGAAGAGAACCUUCACCUCUGUUCUGGCCUCUAGGGGAGGUCCCCACCCUCCACCAAGCCCAACAACUCCCCGAUUCUGAAGCUCGGAAUGCAACCACAGGCUUCAUGGGCUGUGGCCUCAGCAGUGAACUGCUACCCCCUGCCCUCGCCUUGGCUCAGGGGUCAGGCUGCCUCUCCCAAUACACACAGAUAGCACAAAUGCCAUUCCCCUUUCCUGGCUGCUGGAAAUGGGUCCCUGCAACCCCGUCCUCCGCUGGGCCCCCAGCAAUCUCUAGCAAUAGCAGCUGCUGCCGUGACAUUAUGCAAAGCCUCUGCCCAGUUUGCUGCAGCGUUUACAUCUGCCCUAAUCAGAGGGGCCACCUCUAAGUACUCCUCCUCUCUUCUCUGGUUUGUUUCCUUCCUGGGUUGGGCUGGAGCCUGGACUGGCUGAGAUAAGAGCCUAGCAGCCAGUGAGAGCUGGGCUGUAUUUGGAGAUCAUUGGCUGAUUCCAUGUUCUUGGGCAGAAGUCCAGAAGCAUCAGGGGCUGAGGCCUGGGUUGUUCCUGAACUCUGGGAGUUGUAGGAGGCAGGAGGAACUUCUUGAUUUCCUCCUCCUCCCCCACAACGCCUUUUCACAUAUUCCUAUUUCUUUUCCCUCUUGGGUCACCUUCCGGAACUCUGUGUCUGCUCUUGGGCUGAAAUCUGGCAUCAUCUCAGGUUCCCUGUCCCCAGCACUGUCCCUGUGGAGCUGGUGGCUGACAAAGAUGUAGUUUCCAUCAGUCAAUAAAACCUGA